CUGGGAGGUCCCGGCCUCGGGUGGGUGAGACAGAAGGGGAGAGGAGGGAUUUCCGCUUCCGCCGGGAGCUGGAAGUCACUGUCUCCCGGGUGAACGAGGCUGUCGCAAAGAUCGUUGGCGAGUGCAGGUUUGCCCUCCUGCAGACAUGGGGCGCAGAAAGUCAAAACGGAAGCCACCCCCCAAGAAGAAGAUGACAGGCACCCUAGAGACCCAGUUCACCUGCCCCUUCUGCAACCACGAGAAGUCUUGUGACGUGAAAAUGGACCGGGCCCGCAACACCGGAGUCAUCUCUUGUACCGUGUGCCUAGAAGAAUUCCAGACGCCCAUCACUUAUCUGUCGGAACCAGUGGACGUGUACAGCGAUUGGAUAGAUGCCUGCGAGGCAGCCAAUCAGUAGCAACGCAGAGGACCCACUCCCUUGGCAGCCUCACCCGCUGGCCGCCCUGAGGAAGGAAGAUGCUCACGGAUGAGGAAACAGGCCCGAGACAGGAGGUCACCGGCCAAAGGUCCCACAGCCAGAAGACUGCACGGCUGCCGGGCCUUGAACCCAGGAGGCCUGGCUUCACAGCCCAGCAUCUUACUUCCUCCUGAGUCCAGGGUCCAGGCUAAGGGAACAGCUCCUGGCUUCCUGGGGGGGGGGGCGGUGGGGAGCACUGGAGAAGAGUAAGGGACCCUUGUCCUAGGGUCGAGAGGAGUCUCUCCGGAAGGCUGGAGGUGGAGCCAGAUGCACGUGUAGGGUGUAAGAAGAAAUGCCUGGGCUUUGUCCCUGGCUCCUGGCAGGAAGCUUCUAAAACCCUUGGAAUUUCCUGAGCAACUGGAGUACUUUUUGUCAUCCAUAAAGAGCCCCUUUUGAUCACAGGUGAGAUUAUGCUAAUGAAGUGACUUAGAGUGGGGCCCUAGGUAGUCUCAGGAAGGGGCAGGACGCAGAGGAGGAACUCAGUCAGCCACACCCACCAACCUUCGGGAAGGGGAAGGGACCUACAGAUGAAGCACGAGAUGAGGACGAGAUUUGGUGAGCUUCCGCCCUUGGUGAACACAGGGAGGUGCUGGGACACUGGGAGAGGGCAUGGAAGCUCCACCCUCCUUCCUCAUACCUUGCCCUAGGCAUUUCUUCCAUCUGGCUCCUCCCGAGUUAUAUCCUUUUAUAAUAAACCAGUGAUGUAAUAAGUAAAAUGUUUCUCCGAGUUCUGUGAGCCACUCUAGUAAAUUAACCAGAUCUGAGGAGGGGGUGGUGGGGGCCCGAUCUCCAGCUGGUGGCUCAAAAGCACAGGUAAACCACCUGCACUUGUGAUUGGCAGCGUAAGUGGGGGAGGGGCAGUCUUGGACAGAACGCUUAUCCCGUGGGAUCUGACGCUUCCUCCAGGUAGAGAGUGUCAGAACUGAGUUAAUUGCUUGGUGGUAUUGGAAAAAACACACCUUAACAAGGCUGAUGGUGAGACCCCAGAUGGUCUCGUGGUGCGGAGGGCCUGACGCUUCGGCAGUGUGGGGCGGGUCCAUCUCCUCCACCUGGCCUCGUGAGCCUGGGCAGCAAGUGACUUGUGCUUUGGCUUCCUCGUUGGUACAGUGGGAAGGAUGAUGGAACCUUCCUCCCAGGGCCACGCUGAGGAUGGAGGCACCUGUCAUGAUUCCUGGCACAGUUCCAACAGACUCGGACCCACCAGGGCAGCGGGGGAUGUGAACGGCCGAGAAGAUGCUGACCAGGCCAGAAGCCCUGGCCACCAGGCCCAGCCACUGGGUCCGGCAUGUGUCCCCCAGGGCCCUCUCUACCCUGACAUACCCCUCCUUGGUGCUCCCACCUCCCCCUCCAAGGCCCUAGGUGGGGUCCCCUGGCUGAGGCAGGACCCAGCGGACACAGGCAGAGUGGUGGACAGGUGCCGGGGCGGGGGGGGGA